AUGAUAAAAAUAUUCCCUUUUUUUAUUUUUCAACUUUUUACAAUUAUAAUUAAAAAUGUGAAUUCAGUUAAUCAUAAGAGGAUAUUUCCUAUAAACAAUUUAAAUAUACCAAUAAGUUAUCAAUAUAAUAAUUAUAGGAAGUUUGGUUAUAUAGAUAUGAAAAAAAAAAAAAUUGAAGAAAGAAAAAAAAACGGAGUAGACAACAAAAUAGCUAUUAAAAAAUGUCCUUUAAGAAAUAUUACUUUAAAGAAUUUUGUUAGUGUAACAGGAAUAUCUAUACCAUUAUUUUUAGGUAGUUUAAUAAUCUAUAACAAAAUGAAAAAUGAAAAAAAAAAUUUAAAUGAAGCAGAGAAAAAUAUAGGAAAAUAUUUAUAUAAACACGAAAAUAAUCAAUUUAUUGAGAAUGGGUUUGAAGAAGAUAAAUCUUUUAAUAUGUAUAAUAAAAUUAAUAAUAUAUAUAAUAAUUUUUUAACUUAUUUAAAUUUUUAUAUGAAUGUAAAAAAAGUAAAUACUAAAGAUAACUUAAAAAAUUAUACAAUUUUAUUUUUUCAUUCUUAUAAUGUUGAUAAAUUUUUACGAUCAAAACAUAUCAAGACAUAUGUUGAUAGAUUAAAAGAUAUAUAUAAUGAAAUUAAUAAAAAUGGUGAUGUUAAUAUAGUAUAUGUACCUCUUGAUAACAAAAUAUUAUUAAAUAUAAAACAUUUUAAUAACAUGAAUUGGUAUAGUGUAUUAUUCACAGAUAAAAAACUUAUCUUAAAAUUAAUUAAAAGGUAUAAUAUUAUGAAUAUUCCUACUAUGGUAUUAUUAGAUAAAAAUAUGAAUAUAAUAAAUGAUAAUAUAAAUUAUUUAUUAUUAUAUGAAAGCAAAGAUUUUCCAUAUAAGGACAUUAAUAAUUUUACAUAUGUCAAUUAUUUAUAUGAUAAAAAUAAUAACAAAUAUAAUUUAAAAGAAUUAAACUCAGAUUAUUUAUUUUUUUAUUUCAAUAAUGAUAAAGAAAAUAAAGAAGAUAUUCAAUCGUUGUUAAAAAUUAAAAAGAAAUUAUCAGAAAAAAAUAUAAAAUUAGAUAUUGUUUUUAUAAAAGAUGUGGAAAGGAAAAAAGAAGAUAAAAAUAAUAAAAAUACUAAUACUUCAAAUAAAAAAAUGGAUAUACAAGAAAAAAUUAAUGAAAAUGAUAAAAAAAAAAUAGAAGAUAGUGAUGAUGAUAAUAUUUCAAACACAACCAAUUUAAAUGAUAGUGAAUCAAAUGAUAAAAAUGAAAAAAAUAAUUAUAUAGAUGACAUUUAUUAUUUAGGAAGUUUAGAAAAUAAUAUUAUUUAUAAACUUUUAUUAUAUGACAUUUUUGAUAUUACAUUUAAACCAGUAGGUAUUUUAAUUAAUAAAAAGGGGAAAAUUUUAAAUAAAUAUGUUAAUAUCAGUAAAAAAGAUAAUGAAAUUAUUUCUUUUAUUUUAAAUAAUAACAAAAGUAUAAAUGAACAAGUUAAUGAAAAAAAUUACAUGUAUAAAUAUGAAAAUAUUAAUAACUUAAGUAAUUUAAAUGUGUUUGCACCAGUCUUUAUUUUAUUCAGUGAUAAGUUAGACUUUGAUUUGUUAAAUCAGUAUAAUAUUCUUAUCGAACAGUAUAAUAAAAAUAGAAAAGGAAAAAAAAUGAACUUUUACUUUUUACAUAAUGAGAAUAAAAAAUAUGAAGCUAUAAAAAAAUUAUGUUCUGUAAAUAAUACAAAUGAAAUGGUUAUAUUAGAUUUAUUUAAUCAAAAAUUAUUUAAAGAAAAUUUUAAUAAUAGUAAUAUACUACAGGAAGUAGAUGGAAGAAGAGUUAUAUCUAAAGAGAAUUUUUUUAAUUUUAUAAAUAAAUAUUAUGAUGAUGAUUUAUAUGCAUCUACAAUUAAUCUAUCUAAAGAAUUAUAA